UAUUACACGAUUUAGCUAUCUCCUCUAAUUAGAUGAAGAGACAUCAGAUCUUAUCAAAACCCUAGCUUUCGGUGUCUCUCUCGAUCCUUUAGCUCAAUCGAAAACUGAAUUUAGGAGCUGCGAUGGGUUCCAGAUCUCGUAAUGAUAAUUUCCAGUCCGGCGAUGGCGCUAGUCCUGGGAAAAUAUUCAUUGGAGGAUUGCACAAAGACACGACUAAUACUGUGUUCAAUAAGCACUUUGGCAAGUACGGGGAGAUUACAGAUUCUGUCAUUAUGCGAGAUCGACAUACUGGACAACCUAGGGGUUUCGGUUUCAUCACCUUCGCUGACCCUUCUGUUGUUGACAAAGUUAUCGAAGAUACUCAUGUCAUCAAUGGCAAACAGGUUGAGAUCAAAAGGACUAUUCCGAAAGGUGCUGGUGGCAAUCAGUCAAAGGACAUCAAAACAAAGAAGAUUUUCGUUGGUGGUAUACCCUCAACGGUUACAGAAGAUGAACUUAAGGACUUCUUUGCCAAGUAUGGGAACGUGGUGGAGCACCAGGUUAUUCGAGACCAUGAAACAAACAGGUCCAGAGGUUUUGGUUUUGUAAUUUUUGAUAGCGAAGAAGUCGUAGAUGAAUUAUUGUCCAAAGGAAACAUGAUCGAUAUGGCAGACACUCAGGUAAGCUUGUACAAAUGGGGAUUAGAAUUUUGGUUCAUGAUGACAUAUUUAUCUUGGUUUCAAUUUGAUAUUUUCUCCUUGUUCCUUUCAUUAUACACGUUUAACUUAGUUAGAAUUCUACCCACUAGCUUACCAAAUGUAAGGAGCUUGUCACAGUAAGAUAGGAAAUCCCUGCUAUAGUUUGGGUCCUUAGCAUAGCUAGGUUAAUUAAGUUGCUUUGUUGUAGGUGGAGAUCAAGAAAGCUGAACCAAAGAAAUCUCUAAACCGUUCACCUCCUUCUUACGGUAGUCACCCUAGAGGUCGUUCUUCUAACGAUAGUUAUGCAAGUUAUGGUGGACCUUACGGAGGUUUUGAUGGAGGGUAUGGUCAUCCUCCAGGUCCCAUUAGGUCACAUGGAGGUCCUGCUAGUAGAUAUGCUGGGGGAUAUGGGUAUGGUCGUGGCAGUGUAGGCCCUGAAUUUGGAGGAGGUUAUAAUAAUUAUGGGGGUGGUAGUUUAGGAGGUUACCGGAAUGAACCACCCCUUGGCUAUUCUAGUCGUUUUGGACCCUAUGGGAGUGGGUUUGGUGGUGAGGGAUAUGGCCGUGGAGGAGAAGGAGCCUAUUUGGGAUAUCCUCGUGGAGGAGGGGAAGGCUAUGGGGGAUAUGGUGGGCCUGGUUACGGCGGUGCAUAUGAAUCUGGUGGCCCAGGUGGCAGUUAUGAAGGAGCAGGUGGUCCAUAUGGGAGGGGUUAUAGUAGCAGUAGUCGAUACCAUCCGUAUGCAAGGUAGGGUCGAGGUAAUAGCAAUCAGUUGGAGCUAUAGAAGCUUCUCUCACAGGUUCCUCUAGAUUGUUCCAAUUGCUCUAGGUGCAUUCUAGAGUUAUCAUGUAGCGCCAACAUCAGGAAGGGUUGCUAAGGACAGGAAGAGCAUCAAAAAGCUUUUAUUAGUCAUCUUUUAGUUGUGUGUUUACCUAAUUUAAGUGUUGUCUUAUCUCUAUAACUUAGAUUGUGUUAUGUAGACUUUAGCAUAUUUGGGCUUGGAGUUUGUUUCUCACUGGCACAAGAAUGAUUUAUCAUUUGGUAGUCUUGUUAGAUGAUCAAUUACUCGCUUAGCUUAGUUUUCACAAUCAUACGAAUUAGCUUAAGAAGCUCUGCAAAAUGUGCACUCAUCUAUUCUUUAGAGCUCAAGUUGAAUGCUUUAUGUGGUCUCUUGUAUCUCUGUACAUUUUGUUGUGCUGAACAAAGGUUUGACGGCAGUUAGUGCAUGUGUAAGUAGGCAUAUUUUUGUCAGCUGCAUACGUAGGUUCUAGCUACAAAUUGGAAUUGUAUGUGUUUGAAAACGUAAAAUCAAUUAUAAAUGUUUUUGAAAAUCAUCUAUACAAGCAUGGUUAUUUGGUUCUUGUUUCCUUAUUUUUUCGGGUAAGGGCCACGGAUAAUUGGUUAGACAUUGGUUCUAAUAAUGUGGGUUUUGUUAUCUGUAAUUUCUCGUCAAAAUGAUGUACUGUAUCAUUAAAUGAAUAUCACUUAUUGUACAUGCUUUUAUAAGUUAAUUGAAAUCCAAACUCUUUUACGUUUUAA